AAAAUUAGGCCUUAGUCUUUUAUCAUUUGGUGCAAUUCAUAGUUAUUAUUUAUAGUUUACUGGUUUGAGAUAUAGAUGCAGCUUUGUAGCAAAAAAAAAAAAAGGAAGAUAUAGAUACAGCUCUUCAAAUAAGCACGUUUCAUUACCUUGUUUGAGAUAGUAUCUGCGGAAAAUUUCAUUAGAAAUUUGUAAUUUUUUUGGCCAUACAGUAGCAAUUUGUAAUUCCAUGUGAAACAUCUGGUGCUAUUUACAACUCAUGUGUGCUUAUUAACAUUCUCCCUUGCAGGCAGUGACAAAUCUUUUAAACAAUGAAAGCAUAACUGAUAUUGACUGCCUAUGCCUUGUAAUGUUGUUUGCUUUGUGUUAUGAGAAGGAGAGCCCUGUUCAAUUGAUGCAGCUGUUCAACAAACUGGCUUCUCAGUCUGCCAAGUACAAACCUGGAGUAAAAUAACCAUCAAAGAUCAGAUAAUCUCUCUCUUUUUUAUUUUUCUCAUUUUCCUUUAUUAGCUUUGUGUUUACAAAUAGGCAUGUGUGUUGCUGAUUAUGUUUAUGAGUGAUUAUCCACAAUCUAAAUUUAUUGCUUUGGUUGUCAAAAAACGGUGUAUAUGUAUGCUGCACAGAUCAUUCUUUAUAUUACUUACCUGAUUGGAGGCUUUUCUGAUUCAUAAAACAUUUAUAUAGUCUUUGGAUUCAAAGGAUGUCUCGUUUUGCUAAAACAGGCUAUAGAUUUACAUACACUGGAUGCUUGAAUCUUUCAACAAUUAUUUUAAGUGAUACUCUUUUUUAAGUUGAGGUUGGAUGAGUAACAUACUGGUUAGUUUUGUUGGCAAUCGUGGAAACAGCUGAUGCAAUUCCUCCUGAAGCAAGCUGGUGUCGACAAACAAACUGGUGAUCUCUAUGGAAAUUGUGAUCUUCUGAAUAUUGCUUGGAACAUUGCUUGUGGGUGAAGGGGGUUGAGAAUGUCUACACUCAACAGCAGCCUCUUCUUUUUCCAAACCAUGGAGAGCAUAACCAAGGGGCGCUUGCGAGAUGUUGGAAAUCACUUCCAGCAGGGCAGUUACUUUGAUGCUCCUUAUCAUGUUUCUUCAAUGCUUUAUGAGAUGCCACUUGCUUGCUAAACUGGUAUGGUUUGUCUUUUGCUGUUAGCAUUUUGGAAACUCAAUGCUGGAAAAUUCCAGUAGUACCUGGAUAAUGAUAGAAUAGCCACAGGAGGUAGUUAUAUUCAUUGUUGGUGGGACAACCUAUGAGGAGUCACGCUCUGUUGCCCUACAAAAUGCCAGCAAUAGUGGAAUUCGUUUUAUCCUUGGUGGGUCUAUGGUUCUUAACUCUAAAAGGUUUUUGAAUGACCUUGAGGGAGCCCAGAGGAUAGCUCGAUCCAGCACCAACAUAUAAUGUAAAGUUUAAAUCAUGUCAAAUGCUGUGUUCCACGGAAUUGCUAGUCGCUCCAUAGAGGCAUUCUAGUUUGGUGAUCUGCAAUGGGGCAAUACUUUAUCCAAAAUUGCAAGAACUGGUUAAUUAGGGGUCCAUCAAAAUCAGCUCCUGUCACUGCAUAAGAUGGGUUGACUGUCCCCAAAUCUCGUAUAUAAGUAAAAAAUGCCAGUUUUCAUCCCCACUAUUCCUGUAUUGUAUUAACCUUUUUUUUUUUUUUAACUUGCAAGGGCAAGGUAAGGAUGCAAUUUUGUAUACAGAUAUUCCGUCAUCUUUAUACCUUGUCGAUGUAUUCAUUCAUGCAAACCAUUGAAACUACUGUCAUGAAUCAUGAUUUUUUGUGGAGGAUGAUCGGAGGGUAUCAUCCCCGAUCGACGUCAAUUUCGUUUCUUUUAAGCCACUUGCUUUGUCCCGGCCAUGUAUGUGUUUGAAUUUUGAAAUGGGAACUGUUGAGUGUGCAUUUUAUUGAUAAAAAUGUAUUGUGUUUUUUGUUUUAUUUUAUUUUGUAUCUUUUAUUUUUUUAAAAAAAUGUAUACUCUUGA